AUGGCGAACCGCGACAAAGGACGCAAAAAGUGGGGAGAAUUUUUACAAGACAAUACAAAAUCAGGAAAGGAUAAAUCAAUGGGAAUACGUGGUGGAGGAAACAGAGCCUCUCAACCUUUAUAUAGGCCAGGAAGUGGGCCUCUUCGCAAGUCGGGUAGAUCCAUGGAUGAUUUAGAUAAUGAGAACAUGUCACAGGAAAAUCCUAAACCAAGCUCCAUCCAGCAUCGUUUAAAGCAGUCGCAAAUAAACAGUUCCAAUCAAACUCUUAAUAGUUUACCAUCUUCUCAAGUUGAACAUGUAACGGAAAAAUUGAACGAUUUAAAUAUUAACUACCGAUCUACUGCACAUAUUGAACAGGCACAAGGUUCUUCACAAAACAGCAACUUAGGAGAUUCAAGAAAAAAAGUUAAGAAGCCAGAACAACAGUUAUAUGUACCUAAAAAAGUAAAAGAAGCAUUGGCUGAACAGGAUAUUUCGAAUAGGUCAUCUAAUCAAGGAGUCUGGGAUCGAGAUCAAGACAGAGAUCAUAGUGAAGACCGUGAUUCUCAUUCAAAUCGUAGCUACAAAAGCGAUAGUCAUCGUAAUCGAUCAGGUGGUCGUGGUAGCCGUGACAUUGAUAAUGGAGGUAGAGGUAGAGAUGGUCCUGGAAAAAGAUAUUCGGGUAAUCGUCGAAAUCGUCAUGGCGAUGAGAAUGAGGAACGUUGGCGAUCUGAUUCUCCUUUAUCUAAUAGAAGUUUUGGAAAUCGAAAAGAUAAUUCUCGUGAAGUUAGACAGGGUUCAGAGCCUCUUUUUGCAACAAUGAAUCAUGUCAAUGAUUUUAAUCGUACUAGAGAAACACGUAGUGUAGAACCUGCUGGACAUCCAGAAAAGUUUCAAGGCAAGCCACCUUCGGGUAAAUGGGGUGGCCCAAAAGAUAGUUUGCCAAAAAAUAUGAAAAUAGAGCACUUACCACCUCGGUUACAAAAAAAAUAUCUUAUCGAUAAUGGUUUACCCUUGCCAGUAAGCAAUUCCUCACCAUCAGAAGAUACGUGGAACGGCAGUAGUAUUAUAUUUCAAGGCUCAUCAACUCAUAAUUAUCCACCUGCAAUGCAGCACUCACAAACUAUGCAAAAUUUACCUCUAUCUGGUCCGCUACCUCCACAACCUAAUUGGUCAAAUACUGUGCCAGCACGAAGUAGAGGCAGGGGCAGACUUAGACCUGAAGAAAUAGAGAGUUCGACAAAUAUUUUCAGGUGUGUUACACCUGAUCAGUAUUCAGCUCCAAGUUCCAGGUCUCAUACACCAAGUCAAGAGUACAUGCAGAGGUCUUACGAUCGUCGUGGUAGUAAUAGUACUAUGUACACUAGUAUGGAAAGUUUAAGCCGUGCUGACAGUUCAGUGAUGCCACCAGCGUCUUCAGUGUCACCUAUUACUUUAACAUCCAGUGCAAAUAAACGUCAGACUUCACCCGAUAGUUAUCGUCGAGGAGUAUCACCUCCUUCAACAUUUCAUCGCACUCAAACGCAACGACAAAGUAAUAAUGCACCCGAACUUAAUAUAGCACAGGAAAAAAAGAAUAGUCCGCAAAAUUUAGAUGUUAGCCCAUCAAAAACUGAAUCCGUUAAUAGAGGAGUACAUAGAUCAGCUAAUUAUAUAAUUGAUUGGAAUGAAGAAGCUGAAUCGGACGAAAAAGUGGAAGCUGAACGUACAAGUCGCAGUUCUUCUGUGUUAAGCUUGCGUGAAAACUCUAAUGUGCCUGGAAAUGAAAAUACAACGAGCGGUCACAGUCGACGUAAAAAAAAAAAGCGUGAAAGGAGACACCCGGCAGACCGGAGCAAUAGCAGGGAUAAAGCUCGUGUUAAUAGUCGUGAUCGACAAAACAAUCAGCAAAACAGAGAAAAUGAUAACUUUAACAAUAAUCAAAAGAAUACUAAUAAUAGUAGAAGACAUGAUCACAGAAGACAUCGGAAUAUUAUACAACGUAGCCGCGAAUCUAGUAAAGAUAGAAAUUAUCGUGGUAGUAGUAGAAACUUUGAUGACCUUUACAGACAUAGGCGACAAACACCUAAUGUUUCCUCUCAUUCUGCUUCUUUAUCAAAUACCACUUUAAAUUUGACAUCACAUCAAACAUCUCCUAGUGGAUACAGUAAUUCCCAACCACCAGGUGUGUUAGUCUUACCCGAGACUAACCAAUCUCCGCCUAGUCAUUCAGGUUCAAGACCGCAAGGAGCCCAGCAACAAAGAACAUUAUUCAAUCACAACAAUCCUGAUAAACCAAUUGUUGUUCCAUCACCCAGUAGUAGGGCUGUAGUUCAAAGAGAGGGCGAAACCUCAUCUCAGAGUUCCAACGUGCCAGUGUUCCAGUCUCAUGGAGGCAUUACUUCACCACACCAUAGUUUUCAAGGAACACACUUAGACAGUGUACCACCACCAUAUAUGACGAAUGAUCAGUUUGGUAAUACAAGGCCUUCGUGGUAUGAUCCUUACUCUGAUAGUUUUCGCUCAGCAAAAAAUCAUUAUUUACUUCUGGACAUAGAGCGUGCUGAUUUAGAGUUACAAUGGAUAUUGAGUUCUGGUGGGUUCACAUCAAAAUGGGAAAGGGUUUUAUACAUAAGACACUUCCUUCAAGAGAGUUUGAAAACUUUACUCGAAACGGACAUUAAAUUCUGUCAAUCUGAAAAUGUUGAGCAACACUUUUGGAAGAUACUUUUUUACAAUAUGAUCGAAAUGCUUCGGAAAGGUAUGCCUAAAGAGAGUUCUGAGGGGCGAGAGCAGUACAAAAAAAUAAUGCUCAAGAUCAUUGACGAGGGUACCGUAUACUUAGAAAGUUUGUUAACUGUACUUGAAAGCAAAUACGAAUUUAAAUUGGACAUGUUUCUUGCAUCAUCAACUCUGCCUAAAGGGCUUGGAAUCUUAGGCUUAGCGUUAGUAAGCGCGCAAAAAAUAUACUUAUUUUUGGGUGACUUGGCAAGGUAUAGAGAGCAGGCAAAUGAAACGAACAAUUAUGGAAAAUCUAGGCAAUGGUAUUUGAAAGCGCAGCAACUUAAUCCUAAGAAUGGAAGGCCUUAUAAUCAGCUUGCAUUACUAGCCCACUAUGCUAGACGAAAAUUGGAUGCAGUAUAUUAUUAUAUGAGAUCUCUUAUGGCAUCCAAUCCAUUCCAUUCUGCAAGGGAGAGCUUAAUAGCACUUUUUGAUGAGAACAGGAAAAAGUAUGAGUCAACCGAACGGAAACGUAAAGAAGAGAGAGAAUGGAAGGAGAGGGCGAGAAUGAAAGAAAAAGAAGGGGCAAACAGUGUCGGGGGUGGAUUAAGGAGGGAAAUUUGGAUUCAUCCUGGUGGCAGACGGGUUCGUCGUACAACUACAGCCGGCACUGCCAAUGAAGCAAGGUUGUCUCAUAGUGAUUUAGAAGAAUUGGCACAAUUAAAUAGCGUUGAGGUGAACAAGAGGUUCGUCACGUCUUACCUUCAUGUUCAUGGAAAGCUAAUCACCAAGAUAGGAAUGGAGACGUUCCAGGAAGCCGGAGUCCAAAUGUUGAAAGAGUUCAGAGCGCUUCUUCAGCAUUCACCGCUGCCGCUUCCUGGGUCGCGGUUGCUUCAGCUUCUGGCAUUGAAUAUGUUCGCCAUCGAGUCGACGCAGCUGAAAGAUUUGGUCCUACCUACUUAUGUACAACGACCUACACGCGCUUCACUUUUGGUUUAA